UGCCGGCAGCUGGUUAGUGCGCAAGGACUUCUAGGGCUUGUAGUCCUGAUAGCUCCGGAGCUGGAGGCGCCUGCGCGUUGGCCGCCAACUCGUUCUAGUAGCUGUGGUCCGGAAUCGGGACCGGCUGCCAUCUUAGUCGAGGGACUGAAGAGUAGCCGCCGCCCCGUGUCCCGGUAAAAACCGGCGGGCGGACUGGAGGCAAUUUUGGGGAGAGGGAGGGUCCUGGAUGAAUACGUCGGAGGAGAGCGGGAGGUAACAUGCAUUUAACCGUGGCCUUCUGGAGACAGCGCCUUAAUCCAAAGAAGUGACUUCAAACAGUGAAAACUUCAGGUUUGCCUUCCUGUUGGUGAUAUGUCUGGCAGUGGAUCACAGCUUGGUUCAAUGGGUAGUUUGACCAUGAAAUCACAACUUCAGAUCACUGUCAUUUCAGCAAAGCUUAAAGAGAAUAAAAAGAAUUGGUUUGGGCCAAGUCCUUAUGUGGAAGUCACAGUAGACGGACAGUCAAAGAAGACAGAAAAAUGCAACAAUACGAACAGUCCCAAAUGGAAGCAGCCUCUCACAGUUAUUGUCACCCCUGUGAGUAAAUUACAUUUUCGUGUGUGGAGUCACCAGACACUGAAAUCUGAUGUUUUGUUGGGAACUGCUGGAUUGGAUAUCUAUGAAACAUUAAAGUCAAACAAUAUGAAACUUGAGGAAGUAGUUGUGACUUUACAGCUUGUAGGUGACAAAGAACCAGCAGAGACAAUAGGAGAUUUGUCAGUCUGUCUUGACGGGCUGCAACUAGAGUCUGAAGUUGUUCCCAAUGGUGAAACUGCAUGUUCAGAUAGUGCUUCACAGAAUGAUGAUGGCUCCAGACCUAAGGAUGAAACAAGAGCGAAUGCAAGUGGAUCAGAUGACCCUGAGGAUGCAGGGUCUGGUGAAAAUAGGAGGAUCAAUGGGAAUAAUUCUCCAUCACUCUCAAAUGGCGGUUUUAAACCUUCUAGGCCUCCAAGACCUUCACGACCACCUCCACCUACCCCACGUAGACCAGCAUCUGUCAAUGGCUCACCAUCUACCACUUCUGAAAGUGAUGGCUCUAGUACAGGCUCUCUGCCACCAACAAAUACAAAUUCAAGUACAUCUGAAGGAGCAACAUCUGGAUUAAUAAUUCCUCUUACUAUAUCUGGAGGUGCAGGCCCUAGACCAUUAAAUCCUGUACCUCAAGCUCCCCUCCCACCUGGUUGGGAGCAGAGAGUGGACCAGCAUGGGCGAGUUUAUUAUGUAGAUCAUAUUGAAAAAAGAACAACGUGGGAUAGGCCAGAACCUCUACCUCCUGGCUGGGAGCGGCGGGUUGACAACAUGGGACGUAUUUAUUAUGUUGACCACUUCACAAGAACAACAACGUGGCAGAGGCCAACAUUGGAAUCCGUCCGAAACUAUGAACAAUGGCAGCUCCAGCGUAGUCAACUUCAGGGAGCUAUGCAGCAAUUUAACCAGAGGUUCAUUUAUGGGAAUCAAGAUUUGUUUGCUACAUCACAAAAUAAAGAAUUUGAUCCCCUGGGUCCCCUGCCGCCUGGAUGGGAGAAGAGAACGGACAGCAAUGGUAGAGUAUAUUUUGUCAACCACAACACUCGUAUUACACAAUGGGAAGACCCCAGAAAUCAAGGUCAAUUAAAUGAAAAGCCCUUACCUGAAGGCUGGGAAAUGAGAUUCACGGUAGAUGGAAUUCCGUAUUUUGUGGACCACAAUAGAAGAACAACCACCUAUAUAGAUCCCCGCACUGGAAAAUCUGCCUUAGACAAUGGACCCCAGAUAGCCUAUGUACGGGACUUCAAGGCAAAGGUUCAGUAUUUCCGUUUCUGGUGUCAGCAACUGGCCAUGCCACAGCACAUAAAGAUUACAGUGACCAGAAAAACAUUGUUUGAGGAUUCCUUUCAGCAGAUAAUGAGCUUCAGUCCUCAAGAUCUGCGAAGACGUUUGUGGGUGAUUUUUCCAGGAGAAGAAGGUUUAGAUUAUGGAGGUGUAGCAAGAGAAUGGUUCUUUCUUUUGUCACAUGAGGUGUUGAACCCAAUGUAUUGCCUGUUUGAAUAUGCAGGGAAGGAUAACUACUGCUUGCAGAUAAACCCCGCUUCUUACAUCAAUCCAGAUCACCUGAAAUAUUUUCGUUUUAUUGGCAGGUUUAUUGCAAUGGCUCUGUUCCAUGGGAAAUUCAUAGACACAGGUUUUUCUUUGCCAUUCUAUAAGCGUAUCUUGAAUAAACCAGUUGGACUGAAGGAUUUAGAAUCGAUUGAUCCAGAAUUUUACAAUUCUCUCAUCUGGGUUAAAGAAAACAAUAUUGAGGAGUGUGGUUUGGAAAUGUAUUUCUCCGUUGAUAAAGAAAUUUUAGGUGAAAUCAAGAGUCAUGAUUUGAAACCCAAUGGUGGCAAUAUUCUUGUAACAGAAGAAAAUAAAGAGGAAUAUAUCAGAAUGGUAGCUGAAUGGAGAUUGUCUCGUGGUGUUGAAGAACAGACGCAAGCUUUCUUUGAGGGCUUUAAUGAAAUUCUUCCCCAGCAAUAUUUACAGUACUUUGAUGCAAAGGAAUUAGAGGUUCUUUUAUGUGGGAUGCAAGAGAUUGAUUUGAAUGAUUGGCAAAGACAUGCCAUCUACCGUCAUUAUACUAGGACAAGUAAACAAAUCAUGUGGUUUUGGCAGUUUGUUAAAGAAAUCGAUAAUGAGAAGAGAAUGCGACUUUUGCAGUUUGUUACUGGGACCUGCCGACUACCAGUUGGAGGAUUUGCUGACCUCAUGGGGAGCAAUGGGCCACAGAAGUUCUGCAUUGAAAAAGUUGGGAAAGAAAAUUGGUUGCCUAGAAGUCAUACCUGUUUUAACCGCCUGGACCUGCCACCCUACAAGAGCUAUGAGCAACUGAAGGAAAAGCUGUUAUUUGCUAUUGAAGAAACAGAAGGCUUUGGACAAGAGUGAAUUCUGAGAGCCUGCACCACCAAAGGACAAGAACUUAUUUGCAACAUUUGUCCUUUUCCUUCUUUGCCUAUUGCACACUUGUAAAAUUGGACUGUGACUGUUUAGAGAGUUACCUUGAGUGUAAGUAAAUUAAUGUUAUCAUUGAGAUUUAUCUCCCAGUGAUUCUGGGUUUCUUCUCAGUGUUUUCAGAAAUCAGAUCUGCAAAUGACUUAAUCAUAAACCUUACUUACCAUGAGAUUAACACAGCAAUGAAAUCUGCCUUGUCUUAUUCCACUAGAUUGUUUCCUUAACAAAAAAUUUCUGUAUGUGUCUCAGAAGUCUCACUUAGGUUUUUUUUCUUUUAGAGAUUCUGAAAAUAAUGCAGGGAAUUUCCAUGGUAACUAAAAUAUGUAAGAUCUACCUAUUACACCUCAUGGAAAGAGGUAUUUGUUUAAUACAGCCCAGCUUCUGAGGUUGUGAGCAAACUUCCGGCUUGUGCUCUCCCUCUUCUUUCAGCCUGGCCUGACUGUUGUUUUUCCUUUCCGGAGCAUGAAAUCCAUGCAUCGUUUGAUGUUAUCCCUAGAAAAGAGAUGCUAGACUCUUGUAUCUCGCCACAAAGUAGUUUUGUUAAUUUGAAUUCAGAGAGAAGUUGGUCCCGGUCUACAAAUGACUUAACACUCUUCAUUUGGAAAUUUGAUUGUUUUAAUUGCCUUGCAAAUACUAAACUUCACAAACAAUAUUGACACUAUGCUGCCUUCACUGUAGAGGAAAAAAAAAAAAGCCAAUUUUUGGAAUUAAUUUGGGUGAAUUUAUCGAAGGCCAUUGACAGUUUUUGUAUGUUCCUGUAUAUCGAUUCCAUCUUUAAAUUUCACCAUAAUCCAACAAUUCCAGUUACAUUUAACUCCUGCUAAGGAGUUCAAAUUAGAGUGCUUUCUAAUCCAACUAGAGGUCAAUGAAAAUAUCUAUAAAAUCACAUUUUCAUUAGGGAAGAAGAGCUGUGGUACUGGCUAAAAAAGCAAAUAAUGCAUUUACAGCAGGACGUUUCUAGUGACCACAGAAAUGUAUCAUUGUCUGUUUGAAUUAAAACUUCACAAAUUGACAAUUUCUGUGACAAAUGUUACAGUAGUUACUUCCAUUCUCUCUUGUCCUGAUUUGGAUUUUCUGUUCACCUCUAACAAUUUCAACAGGUUUUUCCCAUGACUAUUUAACAUUAGAUUGCUCUGUUAGUAACUGAUUAAUGCACUUUGACCUUCUCUGUGGUAAUUUUUUUUAACUUAGCCUGCUUAGACUUAGCAAGAUGACUGCUAUCAGAGGACAGUGGGAGAAAGCCUAAGCCAGCUGAGUGCCUAUCAUAACUGAACUCACAACCUAAUAUCUCAUGAAAUAGGGACUUUGGCAGGUUUCAGUAGCAUAGCAUGAAAAAGUAACAUUGAGCCAAAAAUAAGCAAAUAGCAAACCCCUGUUCUAUUUGGAAAGGAAAUGGGGGUUUUUGUCCCUAACUACUCUUCCUUUUACAUCUUGAAACAAUGACAAAAACAUUUCUAAACUUGUAUAUCUGUAUUCUAAAACACUGCCAUCAUAAAGCAGACAUGUGAGUGAAAGGGUUGCCUCAUCCAGAAGUCGUUAGUGUAAAGGGAGAGAUGGGGCUCCCCCCAGUCCCAUCUUCAUUUUGAUUUUAUUCUACAUAGUCUAGGAAGUGUACUAUGGUCUCUAAAAGCCCUAGUUUUUCAAAGUGACUCUGCCUUUUGUUGGUAGGGGGCAAAAAACUAUUGCUUUGUCUUACAGAGCGAAUGUCUGCCAACUACCCAUUCAUUAUAUGUCUGAACUUUGGUAAUAUAUGGCCAUGGAGAUUAAACCUUCUAUAAAGACUUCCUAUUGAGGUGAAUGCUCAUAUUGAAAUGUAGUUACCUACAAUAUUUACUAGAGAUUUAUGAGAUUAAAUUAAGAGAUAAUGUAAGAAAGUAGACUUUUUUGUUCUACAUAAUGCUUGAUGAUUCAUUUAGGGACCUAGAAAUAUUGUGCGAAAAUGUAUAAAUAUCAUCCAAAAGGCUUUCUGCCCUAUAUUUUUAAAAUACAGAAUAGUUAUAUAUGAAGUAGUCCCGGCCCUAGUUCUAUAGGGCUUGGCUAUUAAUAUUUUUAUGGAAGAAAUGUUUAGUUCUGGAAAAGGUAAAUGCUUGUAUAUAUUUUUGCAGCCUGGGAUCUCCCUUACUCCAUUUCUUCCUUUAAUUUAAAUGGCCACAUGUAUAUGUCUUUCCCUGCUGUGUUAGGAAAAUGGGGGCUGGAUAUCCCAAGAAUCAGAGGUUAUAUAAAAAUACUGCAGAUAGACAGCAGACAUAAGUAUCUACCAAAUGCUAUCUUAAAUUUUGGUCCAAACUGAUCAUUUGGAAAUAGAUUUAUUGUAAGUGUUUAAUUAGAACGAUUUCUUAAAUCUGAACUAAAUUGCUUUUAGAGUCCUUUUUCUUUGUAAGCAUUGUAAAUGCUAAUAAAUCCUGUUAAUUUUUUUACUGCAUGUUAUGUUGAAAUAAAAACAAAGUAAAAUGAGCAAUUGCCUUAUUCUUCUGCUCUUUUGGGAGGUUGGGGAAGGCAGUGUUUCACAUAGCCUGGGUGAGGAGGGAAGGACCUUACUUGUUUUAUCAAAUAGAUUGAUUUAAAACUGGUCCAGCAGCUCAUAAUAAUGAAUUCCUGCUCUGGCUUUUAUGAUCUUAAAUCAGAGUACAGGAGAAUUUUAAUUUCAUAAGACUUACAAUAACUCUAUUUAAAAGUUUGUGUACUAAUUUUUCAUCAAGAGAUUGACAUACCAAUGUCAUUUCAUCAGAAAUUUUAGUGAAACAUGACUCACCAGCCCAUAGAGGUUCAUCCUAAAUCAACUAUGUCAAUUAGGCCCACUCUGCCAAUUUUUUAUUUACCUGGUUAAUAACUUGAAAUGUUAUUAGGGAUGACUUGUGGAAUUAGACUUAUGUUUUUAAUAUCCCUCCUUGUUUUGGAUGUAACUCCAUCCUUUUAAAUUCCUUUAGGUUAACUACUUGUAUUUAAUAUUGUUGGCAUCUCCAGCCCCCCCUCAUUUAUUUUUUUAGUUGGCUUUCAGAAUUAUUUGUAUAUAUGCUAUGCUUUUGUUAACCAAAAAUGAAAUAGCAGCACUGGAUUGUAUAUUAUUGUAUUGGAGUUCCUUUGUUUUCUUAAAUUGUCAUUUCAAAUACUCAGGUAACUCUACAAAUACCAUAGGGAGUCAAGUGCUGUUAUAAAGGUCCUGCAGUGGGCUCCUUCACUUGAGUUUCCUAAAAGAUGUAAGACUGUUUACAAUUAAACUUUUUGGUCCUUCCUUUGCACACUUUGCUAUUAGUCUUGAAUAAGGUUUUGCCCACCUGCA